GGUGGGGAGGAGGGCGGAGAGGGGGGGGGGACAGCGGUGCCGUUAACGGCUGCGGGGGGUGGAGCGGUUUGGGACCGGGGUGGGCAACCGGGCGGCCCCCUACUGGAACUAACUCUCCGUUUCCCACCCCGCAAUGGAAGCAAACAACCAUUUCGGCUUCUCCAGCCUCGCCUCUGCCGCCUCAGGACCCAAGCCCACGCCUGCCUCAGGGGACAGUCCCUUCGCCCACGGCUCCCCGCUCGGCUUCCCCCAGCAAGGGAAGAGUCUGAACGGGGGCAUGAAUGUCAAUGGCUUCUCUACUGUAUCUCACCCCAGUACUUCAGGGAGCUUUGUGCCCGGGUCGCCGCCCGCGGGCACGCCGCCGCUGCGCGCCUACGACUGCCUCUGGGACUACGCACCCUACCCGCCCGGCAGCCUCAAGGAUGGCAGUGCCACUGCCCCCCCGCUGCCCGGCCUUGCACAGUUCCCGCUCAACGGCGUGGCGGGAGGCUCCCGGCCGGCGUCCCCCGGGCACGGCACCAACCUGCGGGCAGCCAGGGAGGAGUUCUGGGGCAAUGGCACCUCCGGCCCCAUGGGGCUGAACUUCGACUCUCAGGAGCUCUACGACUCCUUCCACGAGCAGAGCUUCGAGCUGAUGCAGAACGGACCUGAGGGCUUCUACGCAGCCUCGCAGCCCUCCCCCCUGCUGGGCUCUGCCACCGAACCCUUCUCGCUGCCCCCGGGCGCGCCUGAGGAGGCGGCUGCUGGCGAGGGAGGUGCUGGCACUGCCAAAGAGAUGCCCCCUGCCAUCACGGAGAACGGAGAGGGGCUGGUGGGCAGCAUGGAGCUGGAGGAAGCACAGCCAGACUUGAAGAUCUGUGGCUACAACGGGUCCGGGCCUGGCACGGUGCCGCUCGGGCAGGAGGGACCUGUCCUGGCCCCUGGCACGGGCAGCAGCUGCCUGGGGCACACAUCGCCCAUCGCCCCUCGGCUGGAGGACAGCUCCAUCCUCAGCGAGGACCCUCUGGAGCCCUUCGAGUCCCUGGCCAGAGACCCUGGCACCGGUGACCUCUAUGCCAUGGACGACUCGCAGCUGGUGAGCGACAAGUCCCCCCUGGCGGAGCCCCCGGACCUGCCCCCGCUGCACUCCGCCGGCCCCUUCGGCCUGCUGCCCGCCGGACCCUCGCCCACGCCGCUGCUCGAGGGCCCCGGCUCGCCGCCGGCCCUGCCCGAUGGCAGCGUGGAUCUGAACAGCAGUGGCCACGCGGGGCUGGAGGAGUCAGGGUCCCUGGAGCUUGAGCCCCCUCUGGAGCCAGAGUCCUCAGCCCCAUCUGCAGAGGAGGAAGAAGAGGAAGAGGAGGAGGAGGAAGAAGAAGAAGUUGCCGACAGCUGUCUGGAGACAUCAGCUGCACCAGGAGAGAUUGAGGAGGCUGCCCCGGUGGGCACCUCAGCUGCAGGUGAUGUCCCUCGCCGCCGCAUUGCCACCCCAGACGAGGUGCGCUUCCCUCUGCAGCACGGGUGGAGGAGGGAAGUGCGGAUCAAGAAGGGGAACCAUCGCUGGCAGGGCGAGACCUGGUACUAUGGACCCUGCGGGAAGAGGAUGAAGCAGUUCCCGGAGGUGAUCAAGUACCUGAGCAGGAAUGUGGUGCAGGAUGUCCGCCGGGAGCACUUCAGCUUCAGCCCCCGCAUGCCGGUGGGGGACUUCUACGAGGAGCGGGACACGCCGGAGGGUCUGCAGUGGGUGAAGCUGAGCCCCGAGGAGAUCCCCUCGCGCAUCCAGGCCAUCACGGGCAAGCGCGGGCGGCCUCGCAACGCCGAGAAGGCCAAGCCCCGGGAGCCGGCGGCCGCCAAGCGUGGCCGGGGCCGCCCGCCCAAGGCCAGGCUGGACCUGCUGAGCAAGACGGACGCGAGGCUGCUGAAGAAGCUGGAAGCUCAAGAGGUGCUCAGCGAUGAGGACAAGCUGAAAAUGAGCAAAAUCAAGAAGAAAAUGAGGAGAAAGGCCAAGAACAAGCAGAAGCAGGAAACCAAAGCUCCCAGAGCGAAAGAGGUCAAGAAGAAGGCCAAAGUCAGUCUGCGAGGGACGAGGCCAGGAGCAGGAGAUGGAGCUGCUCCCCCCACGCGUCCUGGGAUCUGUGCUCAGGCCAAGGAGAAGAAGGGCAAGGCGGAGAAGGGCAAAGAGAGGGCACGGCCCAAGGAGAGGAAGGGCAAAGGCCCUCGCAAGACCGACAAAGGGCUCCUGGCCCAGCGCCGGCUGGAGGAGCGGCGCCGCCAGCAGCUCAUCCUGGAGGAGAUGAAGAAGCCCACAGAGGACAUGUGCCUAGGGGACCACCAGCCCCUGCCAGCCUUCUCCCGCAUCCCAGGCCUCAUCCUGCCCAGCAGAGCCUUCUCCAACUGUCUGACGGUGGUGGAGUUCCUCCAGAGCUAUGGCAAAGUCCUGGGCUUCGACCCUGCCAAGGAUGUGCCCAGCCUGUGUGCCCUGCAGGAGGGGCUGCUGGGGGUGGGCGACAGCGCGGGCGAGGUGCAGGAUCUGCUGGUGCGGCUGCUGCAGGCUGCUCUCUACGACCCUGGAAUGCCACCCUACUGCCAGUCCCUGAAGAUCCUGGGGGAGAAGGUGUCAGAGAUCAGCCUGAACCGUGACACCGUCUCCGAGGUCCUGCGCUGCUUCCUGACUGCCUACGGCGCGGGCGAGGAGCUGUGCCAGGCGCUGCGCACCAAACCCUUCCAGGCGCUGCCCCCGGAGCAGAAAGCUUCCAUCUUGGCCUUCCUGGUCAACGAGCUCAACAGCAGCGCCCUCAUCAUCAAUGAGAUCGACAAGACCCUGGAGAAUAUGUCCAGCUACAGGAAGAACAAAUGGAUCAUCGAGGGCCGGCUGCGCAGAUUGAAGGUGGCCCUGGCCAAGCGGACCGGGCGGCCCGAGGCGGAGCUCAGCGGCUGGGAGGACGGCAGGCGGCGGCGCAGCUCCCGCCUCACCGAGGAGGUGGAGAUGGAGGAAGAGGAGGAGAGCCGAGGACGGAAAUCCCGCAGGGAGGAGGAGGCUGAGGCGUCCGCGUCCAGCAUCCCGGAGCUCGAGAGGCAAAUUGAGAAGCUGGUGAAGAGGCAGAUGUUCUUCCGCAAGAAGCUGCUGCACUCCUCACAGACGCUGCGAGCAGCCUCUCUGGGCCAGGACCGGUACCGGCGGCGCUACUGGGUCCUGCCCCACCUGGGUGGCAUCUUCGUCGAGGGUGCAGAGGCGGCCGAACCGGCGCCGCCGGAGCCCACGGAGGAGAAGCCAUCCCCUCGCGUGUGCCCGCUGAAGCAGGAGCCCCUGGCUGUGCCCAUUGCCAGCCGCACCAGCUGCACGGCCUCCCGUGCCCGCGGCCGCCCCCGCAAGAGCAAGGAGGAGCUGCCGCAGCACUGCGGCCCAGACCCCCCCCCCGUUAACGGGGUGCUGGAGGAGCCGGUGCCCCUCGGGCAGAGCCAGCACGACCUCAGCCAGUCUGCCUUCCUCUCCUGGCUGAGCCAGACCCAGUCCUCCCUGCUCAGGGACUCCGUCCUCACCCCGGACAGCAGCCCCAGCAAGGGGGACAUGGGGAACUCCACCUUGCUCCAGACCCCACCUGACCCUGCCGAGGUGGAGGAGGAGGAGGAGGAGAAGGAGAAGGAGAAGAAGAAAAGUGUCCCUCAGGCUGCUGACAAGCAGGGCCCCUGGUUCAACCUGCUGCCCCGGACGCCUUGCCACGACCGGGCCCCCCUCGCUACCUCCUCUGCCGAGCCCUCGCCUCGAGCCAGUGCUCAGCCCCGCGGGCAGCCCCGCAGCGACCUGCCCAAGGGCCCUGCCCGACAGCUCAACGGCCUCCCCAUGGAUGACCCUACCACUCCCCUGCUCGCUUCCACGCCGGUGCCUGCUGGUGCCAGGGCCCAAGGUGCCUGUCCCCGGAGCCGGGGCAGCCUGGAGAAGCUCCAGGACCCCCAGGGGCAGCCUAAGCGCCGAGGGCGACCUCCCACCAAAUUCUUCAAACAGAUCGAACAGAAGUACCUGACCCAGCAGACAGAGCAGCCUGUGCCUCCCGAGAUGCAGAGCGGCUGGUGGUGGCUGCAGCACCCCGAGGAGCUGGAGGCAGUGGCUCGGGCGCUGCACCCGCGAGGCAUCCGCGAGAAGGCACUGCACAAGCACCUCACCAAGCACAAGGAGUUCCUGCGGGAGGUCUGCCUGAGGGCCACCACUGACCCCAUCUUCCACCCACGCCCCGAGGCGGCUGCAGCCGCCGUGUCUCAGGAAGCCCUGGCCCAGUGGUCGGUGAUGGAGAGAGCCUACGAGGCCGACCUGGCCGUGCUGCAGUGGGUGGAGGAGCUGGAGCAGCGUGUUCUGAUGGCAGACCUGCAGAUCCGGGGCUGGACCUGCCCAAGCCCUGACUCCACGCGGGCUGACCUGCAGUAUUGCGAGCACAAGGUGGAGCCCCUGGAGGACAUCACGAUCCGGAGCCGCCGGGAGGGGCUGCCGCUGUGCCGGGAGCCUACCAACCCGCUGGACCUGGCGGUGCUGCGGCUGGCGGCGCUGGAGCAGAACGUGGAGCGGCGCUACCUGAAGGAGCCGCUCUGGCCGCUGCACGAGGUGGUGGUGGAGAAGGUGGUGCUGAGCGGCCCCGAGGAGCUGAGCCUGGGCCCCACCGAGAUAGCCUACGAGAUCACACCGCGGGUGCGGACGUGGCGGCAGACGCUGGAGCGCUGCCGGAGCGCGGCCCAAGUGUCCCUCUGCAUCUACCAGCUGGAGAAGUCGAUCGCCUGGGAGAAGUCUGUCAACAGAGUGACCUGCCUGGUGUGCCGGCGAGGGGACGACGAUGAGCACCUGCUGCUGUGCGACGGCUGCGACCGCGGCUGCCACCUCUACUGCCACCGGCCCAAAAUGACAGAGGUGCCCGAGGGCGACUGGUUCUGCUCCGUCUGUGUCUCCCGGUCAGGGGCAUACCGGGACCCCAUCUCCCCCCGGCGCGGCAAGAAGCGGAAACGAGGGCGUCCGUUCGCGGGGAGCUUCCCGGAGGAGGAGGAGGAGGAGGAGAGUCCACGCCGCCGCCCGGCCUCACGCCGCCGCGGGGGGCUGCCCGUGCCACGCUACGCGGGCGAGGGCCUGACCCCCAGCAGGCGGAGGGGCACCACCACGCGGGGCCAGCCCAGCGACCUCACCUUCUGCGAGAUCAUCCUGAUGGAGAUGGAGUCGCACGAGGACGCGUGGCCCUUCCUGGAGCCUGUCAACCCGCGGCUGGUGCCAGGCUACCGCAGGGUCAUCAAGAACCCCAUGGACUUCGCCACCAUGCGGACGCGGCUGCUGCGGGGAGGGUACUCGAGCUCGGCGGAGUUCGCCGCGGACGCGCUGCUGGUGUUCGACAACUGCCGCACGUUCAACGAGGACGACUCCGCCGUGGGGCAGGCAGGACUCUCCAUGCGCCAGUUCUUCCAGAGCCGCUGGGAGGAAUUCUAUCAGGGAAGCCACGCGGCGCAGCCGUGAGCGAGGAGGGGGGGGGCACACGGCCCCGACCCCCCCCCCCCCCAACAACACACACACCCCCACCCACCCCCCACCUCCCACCUUCCCGGCUGGGGUUGGGGUCUCCUCUCUGCACCCCCCCACCCCCUCAAAACAAGAACUGACUCCUCUGGAGCUGAUCUCGCUGCCUGCUGAUCCCAUGGUGGGGGCCAAACCCACCCCACCCCCUCCUCCUCCUCUGCCUCUUUCCUACGACCCUGACCCCUUCCUGCUGACCGGGAACCUCCUCCCCUAAAUCCCAGCCUCUUCUUGGACCCUUUCCACUGCUGAGCACCACAACCCUCUCCCCCCACCCCCUCUCCUCACCCCCAGCACCACCAAGCUCCCAGACUCUGUAAAGCCAAAAAGAAGAAGAAGAAAAAAAAAAAAAGUUGGGUUUUUUUUUUUUUUCUUUCUUUCUUUUCAACUUUAUUUUCUAACUAAGAGCAGAAACAGACUCCCCCCCUCCCGCCCCCCCCUCCUCUUUCCCCUUUCUAGAACCCCCCCUUAAAAAAAACAGGAAAAAAAAUAAAGAGGGAAGCAAAUUCCCUUCCCCCUCCCUGUUCCCUCUUCCCCCUCCCC